AUCCGGGCAGGCACAGAUAGGGCAGGUAAACACAACAGAAGACAAUGAAGGAGCUGUUACUAAGAAGCAUUACCUUGCACAACACGGCGGCGAUGUGAAACGUGUAGGUACUCGCUUUCCUUGUACGUCUUGCAGGAGCGAACGUACAAGCAAGUUUCGACCUGUUCGCUGUAAAAUGGCCACAGCAGUGAGGACACGGGAGGGGACGCAGCAGAAGUGGGAGGAGGAGGAGGAAGUGCGUGAGUACCUGAGGGAGGUGGCCCGCGCCUCUCCGCCUCCCCGGGCCAGCCUCGACCAAGUGACACACUCCAGCUCCAAGUUCUUCAUUAAGUUUGCCGUCAACACCACCCGACUCAACACUCACCUCGAGAAUGGCAAAAACCCGCGAGAUCUGGAGACGCACAUCAACUCCGCCUACCCACUGCUGCACCACCGCUGUCUGCCGCUGCUCGCCGCCUUCCUGCACUUCAAGACCAAGCACGGCACACGCGUCGAGAAGGCUGUGUAUGAGAGGAUGAGCCUGCUGGACCUGGUGGACCGUCUGCUGCUGAAGCGACCCGUCACCUUCCUCGGACGUGACGAUCAGUACCUGCUGAGGGACGGCAAGCGCGGCAAGGGAGGCUUCGAGAAGAUAGGCAGCGACCAUGAGGCGGCGCCGCUCUGCCUGAGGGACUACCUCAGCUACGACGAGAUGAAGCUUUCCGCGCUCCUCUCGGUCUCCUCGGCUUCCUUCUUCGUCAACGACGGCAGCCGCAAAAACCAGGGCGUCCCCGGGGCGCGGGGCAGCUUCCAGGACUCAGGAGUCAUCGUGGGCAUGGUGGGCGCCAGGCUAAAGAAGGCGGGCUACAUGGAGUGGCAGGACUGUGUGGUGACGCCCAAGCAGAACACUCGCCAGGCUGGCUACGGGUCCUCGCGGGACGGCCACCACCUGCAGCACUUGUGGGCCAGGAUGUGGGAUGUGACACUGCCCGUGUGGGAGGGCGAGGGCCCGACGGUGGGCGACGACUUCCUGCUCGUCAACAAAACCACUCUCCUCAACGUGGCGGUGUACAAGGCGAGGAUGCAGCUGGCGGCGGAGACACUGCUGGGCGAGGCCAAGAGCCGCGCCGUGGCAGGGGGCCUCAGGGCGUACGUGCACGUGGUGGGGCUCGGUUUGGGGGUGUGGCGUGCCUCCCCGCGCCAGGACGCCCUCUUCGUCGAGGCCUGGGGUGACGCCAUCAGGGCCACCGACGUCACACACGUGGCACACAUUGACUUCAGCUGGAUAGGCGCUGCGGAGUGCCACGGCGUGCGGGACGGCGAAGUGUUCCCCGGUACGCAGGUGGUGGUGCACUUCUCCAAGCGGUCCCUGCAUGACCCUGUCCCUGCCGGCACCCUGCUGGUGGUGAGCUACGCCUGGGACGGCAACUCCAUGCCGGGCAACGAAUACUGGAUCGGGAAGCUGGCUAGCACGGGGGACGGGGCGGCCGCCUGCUCCUCGGGCGUGGCCGAGCUGCACAACGCGUACAUCAACCCCAACGUGCGGGGCUCCAACCUGCACGUGGCGGGGCCCUGGGGCGUGAUGCACGUGGCCGAGUACGCUUCUCGCGUGCUGAGGUAGUGCGGCACUCCUUGAGGCGCCGCCACGCCGCGGCGCGGGGCUGCAGUGUUAUGCCGAAGCACCGCGUGGCCUUGACAUUGUCCAGUGUGGCACGGAACCUUUCCCGCUGAUUCCUGGCUUCCGGCGUCUCCUGAUGCGAGUCACGUGUGAGCGUGGGGACUCGGCGACCUGUGGGCGUCUGCGUGCCAGUUCUCAGAAGGGCACCGCCACCUACAUUUGAUUUUGCGUGGAUAAUGUGUUUUUUGCACUGCUUCCCAAAGAUUCCUAUCACAUGAUCCCUCUAUUGCUAACGUUAAUCUAUGCAUUUGUUCAUGCGGUACCGUUAAGUGUGUGCUGGAAAACCCUUGAAAUAUUAUAAUAAACUUUUAUGUCUUC